AUGGGGCACGCUGGGCACCAGUUCCAAGCCCUGUUCUGGAAGAACUGGCUUUGCAGACUGCGGCACCCAGUCCUCUCACUUGCUGAAUUCUUCUGGCCCUGUAUCCUGUUCAUGAUUCUGACAGUGCUUCGUUUUCAAGAACCUCCCAGACACAGAGAUAACUGUUUCUUGCAAGCCCGGGAUCUUCCCAGUCGGGGUGUUCUCCCUUUUGUUCAAGGACUUCUUUGUAACACUGGCUCAAGUUGUAGGAACAUCAGCUUUGAGAGUUCCAUGGAUCACCAUUUUCGUUCGUCUAGGUUCCAAACUGCAACAGACGACAGCCAAGUCAGUAGCUUGGCCUUUUUAAAAGAGAUACAGGACCUGGCUGAGGACAUUUUUGAAACAAUGGACAAGGCAAAGAGCUUACAAAAACUCUGGCUGAAAAGAUCCGAAACCUCGGGUUCCUCCUAUGGCUCAAGUUUUCUAACAGUGGAUCUCAAUAAAACCGAGGAUGUGCUUUCCAGAUUGGAAAAUCUCCACCAGCAGCCUCACGUGUGGCACUUUCUACACUCACUUCCCAGACUUCGCACAACCCACGCUCACUUGGAAGACAGUGUGGAUACUGUGACACACUUUCUCGAGGCAGGUUUGAAUUUGUUAACAUCUCUGGGAGCUGUGGACUGGCUACCAUUGCAGCAGAUGGUCCCCCAGGUUUCUAGACAUGUUCUGAACGUGACCAUUUCCACCCUGCGGUUUCUGUUGCAGCAUGGAACAGCUGCCAAUGAGUCCGUUUACCACCUGUCCCUGCAGAAUAUGGUGUGGGAUCUACAGAAAGUUCAGUCUGAUCUCAAAUCCCUGUUUGGUUUGAAUGACCUUCAAAUGGAACGUCUCCUGAAUUAUUCAGCUGAGCUGAAGGAGAUUCCUACACACAGCUUCCUGGAGAGGAUGAUAUGUUCCAUCUUGUCCAAUACUUCAGAGGAUGAAGCUGAGAGCAAGGGCUACCAGGCAGACUGCCAUCCCAAGUGGUCAGCGGUCAAGAACUACAUCAUCCAUGCAGUCAGUUGGCCGAAGCUCUACGGACAGGUGUUUGACCAGUGGCAGCGGGGUGGCCUGCUGCAGAACCUGCUUGCAGGUGCCAGCCAUGGUCUGGCAGCCCUUUGGGACCAGUUUGACAAGGGCAGUGAAGAAUGGAAGGUGGUGGAAGUGCUGAACACUAUCCUGCUCAUCCUGAGUGACAGCUGGGAAGCGGCCGGCCCCAGAGACAGCCAUCUGCAUCCACAGAUAUUCGAGCACCUGGGCAAGUUGCAGCAUACGGUGUCAGACCUGUCCCCGUGGCCAGCUCUAAAGAGAUUGCCCCUCCUGGAUCCUGUUCUCAGGAACGUGGUGGCCCAGGACUUGCGUUUUGUUCAAGGAGUCCUCAGUUACCUGGAGACAUCAGCGAGGGAUUUUAUACCUGGUGGUCCUGACAGCUGGAGACUAGAAAAGGAUAUGUUCUUCUGGGGGCUGAAGCAGCUGUUGACAAAGGAUGCUUCUGCCACUUGCCUGAAUGGAUACUUGUCCCAGGAGGUGGCCCUCCCCACUGGGAACUCCAGCAUCUGGAGGAGUCUCUGGGGAGUGCUGUGCCGCAGCCCCUCCUUCAAUGAGACCAGUGUUUUAAGUGAGCUGCUUCUCGCAGUGAAGGAUGCUGGUCAUCAUUUGCAAGACGUCAUCGCAGGACACACAGAUGGACCCAUUUCAGAACCAGACAGGCAUUUAGACUGGAAGGAUCUUGGGGCACAGCUGUCAGAAGUGAGCUUGACCUGUUCUCAGGUCUUCAAGCCACCAGGAGCUGCUGCUUCACCUGAGAACGGCAUCUCUCCUGGGGGCUGUGAGUACCAGCUCGUCUCCACAGUGAUAUCUCACAUACUUGAAGAAGGACAGAUGUCCCUGCAGGAAAUGUUGUACUGGAAAGUCUUCUCAGGAAUCAUUGGGAAGACGUGUGAAUUGGCUCGAUACGUGAACAUGCAUGGAAGUUUCCAGAGCAGUCCGCCGGGUAAGUUGGGAGGUCUUACUUUCUCUGAGAACUCUCCUUGUCAGACACAAACCAUGGAUUGGAAAGCCGUCAUUGAUAAUUAUUUCAUAUUUUUCAAUAACGUUGUGAAGUCCCCAAUAACUUCCACAGCCAGGGUCUUAAAUUUCACAAAGCACCUUUUAGUGGUGGACAAGAAGCUGCACACCCUUGAAAAUGGACCGAUGAACAUUCUUUUGUCAUUUGUGGAGUUUUUGGAGGAACUGUUGUUGUCUGAUCCUUCUGGCCCAUUCACGGCUCCUGAAUUUCAUGAUCUCUCUUUGCUCCCCGCGCUUGUUCUGAAUAGAAGUGUUCUGUGGAGAAAUCAUUUAGAAAGUUUACAGAGAGACCCACAUGAUGCUCAGAAACUUCUGGAAUUUGAUAAACUGGUCACUGAAAAAAUUCAAAGUCUUAAAGAUCUUUGGAUGAGGAGGGAAUCCAAAAAUAUUUUGAGAUUCAUAAAAUUAAUACUUUUUGAAAUUAAACCAGAGUUGCGAGAAUUCUGGCUCAAUGCCAUUUCACAAGAAGAAAGAGCUAAAUUUGAAAUCUCGUCCACACUUGGAAAUUUUUCUGUUCCAGAAUAUGAGAAAAGUUUUAGCAAAAGCUUUAAUUUCUCUCAAUUGUUCCAUUCUGAUUGGCCCAAAUCACCAGCUGUGGAUGCAGACUUUAUACAUUUAAGCCGGAUUAUAAUACACGGUCUCUAUGAAUUUAGCUUUCUGACCCAGGAACAAGUCUCAAUAGCUAUGGACACCAUCUAUGUGCUGCAGAAUGCAUCUGAGCUUUUCUCCACCCUUUCUGAACAUCAAAAACAAGAACUGGGUAACAUUUUGACUCAUAUAAAUGUCUUCAAAGACAGAGAUGCAGCUCUCCUUCUCCAGACCUACUCUUCCUUUUAUCAACAUUUUCAUAAAUUCUUGAACAUUCAGAAAAGAGAGUCCCUGAUAAUUUAUCUUAUUCAAAUCUUUAGACACAUUUUGGAUCUCAUAAAGCAGUUUAAUAUCCAAAACAUCAGUAAAGCACUUUUGCUUAUAUCAGAGACAACAGAGGCUCUCGGGAUGAUACCUGAAGUAUCUUACUGUCAGCAACUGCUUUCAGUUUUAAACUUGUUAGAGCUUCAGGCCCAGUCCCUGCUGUCUACUGAGGGCCCGGCACCGGGAGUGAUUCGCUCGAGUUUGACAGGCCUCAAGCAGCUGUUUGUGGCAGAUGAAGGCUUUCGUGUUUCUCUACUUCAGUAUGUCAAUCAGUUCUUUAAUGAUUCAGCAGGGACUCUGCUGCUGAGUGAAUGCUUCAUCCUGGAAAAUGAAGCCAUUUCUUCUGUGAAUUACUCAGGAAACGAGGGAUCUUCACUCCCCUUCCCAUGGACACAAUUGUUUUCCAACCUCACAGUAAAUGGCAGUGUGAUCAGCGAAUUCACAGCCAUUCACUGUACCCUUUCAUGGAUUCGGACAUGGACUGAGAUCUGGGGAACUCUUUCUCAAAUACUGAAACUUGAUCUAAAUAUUUUCACUUCUCUUCGUUUUGGUAUCAUUCAGCUUUUGGAUGAACUGGAAAAUGGUGGGAACAUUUCUCAAAACUGCCAAGGGAUAGUUCCCACUUAUCAUACUGCUAGACUCAUAUUAAAUUUAUUUAAAAACAUAACACAGGGCAAUGGCUUUCAUGACUGGGAAGGCCUUCUGGACCUCAGGGAUCUUUGGGUAGCAUUAGAUAAUGAAUUAGCUGUGGUACAAUCACUUAACCUGGCUCAAGCAGAGGGCUCUUUUGUUACCAUGGAAACCUCCCUGCGCCAGCUGAAGACAUUUCCAAUGAAAACAAACGCAAGCAGGGAGUUUUUGUCUUCCCUCCUGGAUGUUUUCAUUGAGUUGAGCAAAGUCUCAGACUACGUGGCUAGAAAUACAGACCUGAUCAAUAACUUUCUUUCCAACGAUCUCACAGAUCAUGGAGGCAAAUUUGCAAGUGGCAUCACUGAGCUGAGGGAAAUAAUAUUAUUUCUUAGGAAUGUAUCACAGGAUAGAGGUUUAUUGUCAUGUGCCGAUAUUUUCCAGAGUGUCACUGAAUUGAUUUCUGAAAAUAAUUUAUUACCUGUGAAUGCUUCUAAGAAGCCAGCGCAUAUUCUGGCCAUGUUAAGUUCCAUAUUUUCAUCGAAAAAUGCAAGUAGCAGCCUGGACGGAUGUAUUGCAUGGAUAGACGUCAUAAACCGUCUGGGCAUGAUGUACAACUCAAGUUCUCUACCUGGCCAUCUUCAUAGUGCUUUGGGAAGCUUUAAGGAUAUGGAGAACAAAAUGAACUCUGCACUGAAAGUUUUAACUUGGGUGCUAAAUAAGAAGAUACCCAUUUGUCCACUGAAUGAGUCAAAUAUAAAUUGUGUGAAUAUUUACCUGAAAGACGUAACUGAAUUUCUAAAUAUUAUAGUUACUCCAGGCUUAGAAAAAGAGAAGGUUGCCAAAUUUGAGACUUUAUUAGUGCUCUUCAAUAAUUCCACCAAGCCGGUAAACAUGAUCAUCUCCAACUUAACAGAAGACUUGGAAUUUGCCUCCCAGUUCGACUGGAAGCACUUCAAGGACUUACUUCUAGGACCCACAGAAAUGUCAGAUGGCAUUCCUGAUCAGUUUCAGAAUAUUUGGCAGCACAGCAUAGCAUUGGGGAAGGAAAUGCAGAAACUUUUCGAAGGUAUCAUCCAUAGUGUCCUCGGAAGUAAUUCCUCUUCUAAUGCUGAAAGAGUGUUUAGUGUAUUCUCCGUCAAUCCAAAGGAAAGAGAUAUAAGCCAUUUACACAGUUCAGUUUACCGCUUAGCUAAUUACGUUGCUCUCAACUUAACUCAUUAUCUUCAGAAUUCAUCAGAAGUAGUCCCCCAUGAAAUAAUGAAAGCUGUGGAUCUUGGCAUUCAACUGACGCGGGAUGUGUUCAAUUCCUUAAUGCCUGCUGUCCGUUUCAGCAUUCCAGAAAAUUCAGACUCGGCUCAGGUUUUAAAAAAAGUGGCGUCUCUCAUGCAUUCUCUCAAGAAGGCAGACACAGAACUCUUAGUAGGCCAACUGGGUGAAAUCAGUGAAAACCUGAUGACUUUCUUUAAGAACCUCAGCAGGACGGGUGUCGACCAUUUAGGGGUCAAUAUGCUUGUCGGCUUAGUGGACAAGCUUGUUGCCAGCUCCCAUUCCUGGAGUGUCAACCACCUGCUGCGUCUCUCUCGGCUGCUUCCCCAGGAAGUAGUGACAGCUGUGUUGGAUGUGUAUUAUGCUCUUCCCCAUAUGGCGGGGCUCCUGCAGAGGGUCACAGACAAAAACAUCACAGAAAGCCUCAAGGACAUCUAUAACUUCACACUUCUUCAUGGGAUAACCAUGUUCAACACCACCAAGGAAGACUUUGCUGAUGCGAUUAAAACUGUCCUGGACACAGUUGAGUUAGUGUCGGAUGAGCCAGUGCUUAUUUCCGAGGCUUUAAUGUGCCUUCCCAGGCUUUGGUGCUCGAACCAUACAACUUCCAGGCUUGAGGAAAGCCCUAAGGUAGAAGGCUGUAAUGUCCAGGGGCACAUGUCUCCCUCCUUAUACCACAUGGUGACCAAUAUACUGGACCUUCUCCAUCUGCCAUGGCCAAGUGAUUCAGAAUGUGUAAAUGAAAACCCUGGAGUGGAAAUAACCAGGAAAGUGGUCUGUGCGAUGCGUGAGUUCGCAGACUGGAAUUCGAUUCUCUCAGAGCUGUUGGAGAUUUUCCAUGUUAAAAAUGUACUUGGGAAAACCCUGCAGGGACUUUGGCAUAAGGUAUUACCCUUCAUGUCACCUUCUGGAAACCAAGGUAAUGACAGCAUCUCAGAACUCUGUCCUAGCGGGACCAUAAAGCAAGGUGCUUUGCAAAUCAUAAGAAAACUAAAACAUGCAAAUUUUACAAAAUUUAAACUGCUUGAAAACAUGCUCAACAAGCUAGGCAGCUUAGACAAGAUUCUUAACAUUACUCAAGACACAGAGACAUCUGCUCAAAAUAAUGUUUCUUUAAAUUUGGGGAGGAUCUUCAAAUUGAUUUCUGCUCUUUGGAGUUUAAGAAAUAGUACUCACCAUCUGCUCUCACCAAUCAUCAACUUUCUGAACGCAAAUCAUUCAGACAGGAGCCCAGACUCAUCAGGCUUAAUAAAAAAUGAUGAAGCAACUCACAGCUUUGAAAACCUGUGGUUUCACUUCAGACAAAGCACCGUGGAUCCAAGCAAAAACUUGAGUCUAGGACAACUUCUUUCUGAUAUUAACAGAAAGAUCCAAGGCAUAGCUCUUCAAAACACAACUGUGCAACUUCCUCAGCUUCUGGAAAUCCUGGAUUCAUCACCAUUGACGAUGUCAGAAAUUACUGAAGGUUUUCUAUUUCUCAUAAAACACUGGCUCCAUGAUUAUGAAAAUGAAGAUUACUUUCGGUUGAUGCAAAGACUACUCCAUGACAUGGCCAGUGGGAAUUCAACUGAUGUAACUGUGCUGACCAGGGAUCUUACUACAUAUUUGGGCUAUCUCAGAAACAGUACUGGAGAAGGCGAUUUUGAUGUUGGCGUUCUCACCCGUAUGCUAAAUCAAGAGCAACUAGCCGAUUUCUCAACUGUUCAGUCGCUUCUGGAAAGCACUGUGAUGAAUUUAGUUAGUAACUUUGCUGAGCGUUCUCGGGAAUCAGCUGUGAGUUUCAGCGGCACUGACCUUCACAUAAUGGAUUUCAUUAGUCUCGUCUUGAACCACACAAAGUCCAAAAAUGGUGGGGAACCUGCAGGACAGGCAGAGGGUUUUCUGAAGCGGCUUCUGGAGAUACUCUUCUCCUCUUUGCUAAAUGGAAUGCCCGAGAACAAAAUAUCACUUCUACUAAAAGACCUGCAUAGAGAUUUCAUGGCUGAGAUGAGUUUUGUCCCCAGAGAUAAAAUUCUUGAAAUUCUGAAACUGGAUCCAUUCCUUACCUGGUUGAAUGAGGACACAUUGAUGAACAUUGUCUCAAGUUUCAGGACCGUGUAUCGUCUGAUUAAGAACUCAUUUUCAUUCGACCACAGAGAACUCUCUGGAGUCCUGAAAGAUUCAUCUCACACCCAUCCAAGGGAGCCUGUGGUGAAUGCUAACACUGAAGACCACUUGGACUUCUUUACCGUAGUGACUCAGUUUCUCUCCCAGGUUAAUAAUUCUGUGGGCCUCUCCAAAUUCAACCAAAAUCUCAGGUCUGUUCUCCAUCUCGUGAGAGAAAGUUAUGUAGAAAUGGCUAAUAUUAAGGACAUUCUCUUCCAUUCACCUGCUCUGACCUGCCACUCCUCCUCUCCCAUGCUCCAGCACACUGUGCUUGCUAAGCUAACUGAGUUGUUUUCUGUUGUAAAUAGUUCAUUUGCUCUAAGAAACAGAGAAACGCUGGAAUCAACUCUGAGGUUAUUUCGUGCCAUUUCCCGAGUGGGUGCAGAAAGUCAUGUCCUAAAGCCAGCUUUGGAAAUAUCUAGAACUCUGGCCAUGCUGGUGAAUAGCACUGCUGACCUGGGUGGUCUUGCCUCAUCAGUGGACUCUGUGGUGAGACUUCUCAAUCUAGCCAAAAAGGUUUCAAGAAAGAUGGCUACAAUAUUGGGAGAGCUGUCCAUGUCUGGUACAGAGGACUCCUGGAAAAUCCUUGAUACUUUGUAUUCCAUUGUGCUACAAAGUUCUCAAGAUCAUGUGAAACAAAUAAUGACCUCGGAAAAAGUAGCUCCUUUCAUAUUUGAGAAGACGAAGGCUUUGUUGAUGCCGUUUCUCAACUUGAGCUUCACGAUGAUCGGAGUCACCCCUAAUAUGUCCCAGGACCCUGACGUUUUCAGCAUGUCAUCUAGCGGCGUCCUUUCAUACCUCAACCAAUCCAAAGACUUUUCUGAGAUUGGGGAAGAAAUGGCUGAAAAUUUAAUUUCUACAAAAGCCAGUUUGAGAGACUUGGAGCAUCUUGUGGUGGUGAUUAAAAACAGGACUCAAAAUGUUUCUACGGAUGCUGCUAACUUGUGGGAAGAGUUUCUAGAUUGCUUAGUUCCUAUAAGUAACAUUACGGACCAAAUGGACUUCCUGAAGCUUUAUGAACUUCCUUCUACUGGUCAUCCUCAGGCCUUGAGACAGGAGAGAAGUCAGAAAGUAAUCCUUUUUUUAGAUAGAGUGUUAACAGAGAACAGCACAGAAAGAGAGACUUUCUUGAAAAUGGUGAUUGAUCUCACCUUGCAAGCUCUUUCGAAUGGCUUAAAGGAAGAUAACUGGGAUAUUUUUAAUCUUCUGUUGACAUUUGCCCAGCACCCAAAUGACCUUUUAAAAACCAUAGAAUCAGUUGUAGAGACCUCCAGUGGAAUUCAAAGUGACUCUGGAGAUGAGUUAAGCCAAGAUUUAUUUUCCAAUUUGUCAUUGAUUCAGAACGCCACUCGCUAUCAGCUUGCAAAAGAAGUCCUGAUUGGUCUCAGCAAAAUAGUCCCCUCAAGAGAAGGGCUGCCCCCAAACAACGCUCAGUGGGCACAUUUCACACACACUUUGUUUUACUCAGAUGGCAACAGGUUUCCUAAGUCAGCUACUGGUCAGAAUGUUACAUCAGCAAAGGAUGGAGGGACCAAGGAAGAAACUAUGGCAAUUCCCCAUGGCUACGAACCAAUGUCAUACUUCCAGAAAUUUCUGAAGGCAUUAUUUGCAUUGAUUGAACACUGGCAGAGAGUCCCACAAGCCGAUCAAAGUGUUUUUGAGAUGUGUCAAGUCUUCCGGCAGCUGGAGAAGCCCUCGGAAGCUGUGGAGAUGCUACACAGAGUGGAGAGGAUGGCUCUGCGUGUGCUCAUCAUCUUUGCAGAAAACCCUUCCCUGACUAAGGACAUUCUGUGUGCUGUGCUGAGUUGCAGGGGAGCUGGGAUGAGGAACCUGAUCUUACCUGCUAUGCAAGGAGUCACUCUGGUACAUCACCACUACCAGGAAAUGGGAAAGAUAUGGCUCUCAUCGGAUCAGCUGGACUGUGAACGUCUUAGCAGGAGUCUUUCCAGCGCCUUGGAAGGCUUUAAAAGCAGCUUGGAAGAUGCGUCUAGCCAAGGCUGCACGUGCCGGCAGCCCCUGGUGGGAACAGUUCAGGAGCACAUGCACAGGUUGAUCAAAAGUCUUAAGGAGGCUUGGAUGACAAAGAUUCCUGUUCUGAUGUUUCUUAGCAAUUUCACAGUCACAGAGGAUGUAAAAGUAAAGGACUUGAUGAAGAACCCCAGCAGAUUAACUGAGGACCUUCGAUCCUCCUUCCACAUCUCAGAUGAGACCAUCCAAAGCAUCUUAGAAGCCACUAUUUCCCAUUCAAAGCUUCUCUCCAGUGUCCUCACUGUGGCUUUGUCUGGAAAGUGUGAUGAGGAAAGUCUUCAUCUCCUGUUGACAUUUCCCGACAAUGACAAAUCCUGGUUCGCCACAAGGGAGCUCUGCAGCCUGCCUGGGUCUCAAGUGUUCUCUCUGCUCGUGAUGAUGGGCCAGAACCUGAACCUGAGGGACUUCGUUUACAAAACUCUGAUACCCUCUGAAGCAAACGGCUUGCUCAAGUCCCUGUUGGAUGUCAUUUCCAGCCUCAGCUCCAUCCUUACCAGAGCGCAGCAUGCCCUGGAACAGCUCCCUGAGUUUCUUCACAAAUUUAAAAUCACCACCUUGCUAGACAUGCCAGACUUCCAACAGGUUUCACAGAGACACCAAGCCCAAAGUUCAUCUUUGGCUUCUUUCCAGUCGGUGAUGAAGCUCCUUUGUAAGGACCAGGAAACUUUCCUCAGCAACUCUAACAUGUUUGUUCGUUUACCCAGAGUUAACGAACUCUUGGAGGAUGACAAAGAGAAGUUCAACAUUCCUCACGACUCAACACCGUUUUGUUUGAAGCUUUACCAGGAAAUUCUACAGUCUCCAAAUGGGGCACUGGUAUGGUCUUUCCUAAAACCUAUAUUACAUGGAAAAAUACUGUAUACACCCAAUUCUCCAGCAAUCAAUGAGGUCAUUCAGAAGGCUAAUUAUACUUUUUACUUUGUGGAUAAGAUAAAAAUUUUAUCGGAAACACUUCUGAAGCUAUCCAGACUUUUCCAGGGAAGCGGAAAUGGACAAAUGUUCAACCAGUUGCGGGAUGCCCUGAGAAACAAAUUCAUAAGAAGCUUUGUAGAGAGCCACUUAGAUAUUGAUGUGGACAAGCUCACGGAAGAUCUGCACACAUAUGGACAGACGCUGGACCAGAUGUUCAACCAUGAAGGGGCUGGACACUUCCAGUUUUUGGGUGGUAUCUUGGCCAAUCUCUCUUCCUGUGUGGUGUUGGACCGAUUCCAGGCAGUGGAGACUGUUGGCACCCUGGAGACCACAGCACAUGAACUCAUGCAGCAGAAUAGUUUCUUGGCCAGUGUCAUAUUCAACAGUUCCUUGGGACACAGGCACAUCAGAUCAGCACGUCAUAAAUUGCCACCUCAUGUCACAUAUACAGUCCGGACCAACAUCUUAUACAGUAUGAGGACAGACUUGAUAAAAUAUCCUUCCUGGAAGUUUCAUCCCCAGAAUCUACCAGCUGAUGGGUUCAAGUAUAACUACAUUUUUGUCCCACUGCAAGACAUAAUCGAGAGAGCCAUCAUUGCAGUACAGACUGGACAAGAAGCCGUGGAGCCAACGACCCAGGCACAGGCAGCUCCCUACCCAUGCCACACCAGUGACUUGUUCCUGAACAAUGUUGGCUUCUUUUUCCCCUUGAUUAUGAUGUUGACUUGGAUGGUGUCUGUGGCCAGCAUGGUCCGGAAGCUGGUUUAUGAGCGGGAGAUCCAGAUAGAAGAGUACAUGCGGAUGAUGGGACUGCAUCCGGCCAUCCACUUCCUGUCCUGGUUCCUGGAGAACAUGGCCACGCUGGCUCUGAGCAGUGCGGCUCUGGCUGUUAUUCUGAAGAUGAGUGGCAUCUUCAUGCACAGUGAUGCUUUUAUCAUUUUUCUUUUCUUGCUGGAUUUUGGGGUAUCCGCUGUCAUGCUGAGCUACUUCUUAAGUGUGUUUUUCAACCAAGCUAAUACAGCGGCCCUGUGUACCAGCCUGGGGUACAUGAUCAGCUUCCUGCCAUAUGUGGUCCUGCUAGUCCUACACAACCAACUCAGCUUCACCAUUCAGAGCUUUCUGUGCUUGCUCUCAACCACAGCCUUCGGACAAGGAGUCUUUUUCAUUACAUUUCUGGAAGGGCAGGAGGAAGGGAUCCAGUGGAGUCACAUGUACCGAGCUCCAGAGCCAGGAGGCAUGACAUUUGGCUGGGUCUGUUGGAUGAUUCUAUUUGAUUCCAUCCUCUAUUUUCUGUGUGGAUGGUAUUUCAGCAACUUGGUCUCUGGAACUUUUGGUCUAGGGAAACCAUGGUAUUUCCCCUUCACUGCAUCCUAUUGGAAAAGUGUGUGUGGUUUGAUAGAGAAGCGGCGAUGCUCUCUGAGUUCCGGUUUAUUCUUCUUCAACGAGGACUUCGGUAGCAAAGGGUCCUCACAGCAAAAUGGCCUGGGAGAGCUGGAAGGAGGUAUCCCAGGAGUGUCUCUAAUAUCGGUGACAAAGGAAUAUGAAGACCACAAAGUAGCUGUCCAAGAGCUCACCCUCACCUUCCACAGAGACCAGAUCACAGCCCUGCUGGGAACCAAUGGUGCAGGGAAAACAACUAUCAUAUCCAUGUUGAUGGGGCUCUACCCUCCCACUUCUGGAACGAUCAUCAUAAAUGGCAAGAACCUGCAGACAGAUUUGUCCAAGGUCAGAGAGGAGCUGGGAGUGUGUCCACAGCAGGAUAUUCUCCUGGACAACCUCACUGUGCGGGAACACCUGAUGCUCUUUGCCGCCAUAAAAGCACCUUGGUGGACCAAGAAGGAGCUACAGCAGCAAGUCGACAAAACUCUUGAUGAAGUGGAGCUAACUCAGCAUCAGCACAAGCCAGCUCGAGUUCUGUCUGGAGGCAUGAAGAGGAAGCUCUCCAUUGCUAUUGCUUUCAUGGGCAGGUCAAAGACAGUGGUUCUAGAUGAGCCGAGCAGUGGGGUCGACCCUUGCUCCCGUCGCAGCCUCUGGGAUAUUCUACUCAAGUACCGGAAAGGUCGCACGAUCAUCUUCACAACCCAUCACCUGGAUGAAGCUGAGAUGCUCAGUGACCAUGUGGCUGUGCUCCAGCAAGGGAAACUUAGAUGCUAUGCUCCUCCUGCUGGCCUGAAGGAGACCUAUGGCCAAGGACUCACUCUGACGCUUACCAAACAACCCUCUGUCCUAGAAACCCAGGAGCCCAAGGAUGUAGCUCGUGUUACAUCCUUGAUACAGGUCUAUAUUCCCCAAGCAUUCCUCAAAGAUAGCAGUGGAGGUGAGCUGACCUACACCAUCCCCAAGGAUGCAGACAAGUCCUGCUUCAAGGGGCUUUGCCAGGCCCUGGAUCAGAACUUACAGCACCUACACCUGACGGGGUAUGGCAUCUCAGACACCACCUUGGAAGAGGUGUUUUUGAUGCUUUUGCAAGAUACCAACAAAAAGUCUCACGUCACUCCAGAAACCAAGUUAGACCCUCAGAAUGAGAUACCUGCUGGACCCUCUCCUCAACACGGUGACUCUCCUGUGAGGACUCCACCUGUAUGGGCCCUGUCUGAGCCCAUGGGGGGUUUCCAGCUGCUUCUGGGACAGGCAAUGGCACUCCUGAGGAAGCGGCUACUGCACACGCUACGAGCCUGGAAAAGCACCAGCUCAGACCUGCUACUGCCAGUGCUCUUCGUGGCCUUGGCCAUGGGCUUGUUCAUGGUGCAGCCUCUGGCUAUCACGUACCCGCCUCUCAAACUGACGCCUGGGCAUUAUGGGACUGCAGAAACUUACUUUUUCAGCAGUGGAAACCAUGGCGUGGACCUCGCCCACGUGCUUCUGCGCAAGUUUGGAGAUAAGGAUCCUCUCUGUGCUGAUGGUCAGCUGGAAAAUUCUUCAAGCUGGCAUAAGGACCCUUUUUCUGGCCCAGAAUUCCAGAAGUCAUGCGGCUGCCUGAAGUGUCCAAAUAAAAGUGCCGGGGCUCCGUAUCUGACCAACUGUCUGGGACACACACUACUCAACCUCUCGGGCUAUGAUGUGGAAGAGUACUUGCUGGUGCCAUCUGCAAAACCAAGGCUUGGAGGUUGGUCUUUUGGAGUACAGAUUCCCAGUGAAGAUAAAGAAGUGAAGACCAACGCAUCAGAACAAAGGACUUUGGCAAAGGUGUGGUAUAACCAGAAGGGCUUCCAUUCUCUCCCCUCCUACCUAAACCAUCUCAACAACCUGAUCUUAUGGCAGUACUUACCCCCGGAUACUUCAGACUGGAGACAAUAUGGAAUAACACUGUACAGUCACCCGUAUGGAGGAGCCCUGCUGAAUGAGGACAAAAUCCUGGAGAGCAUCCGCCAGUGUGGUGUCGCCCUCUGCAUUGUCCUGGGAUUCUCCAUCAUGUCCGCAUCCAUUGGUAGCUCUGUCGUGAGGGACAGGGUGACUGGAGCGAAAAGAUUGCAACAUAUAAGUGGCCUUGGCUACAGAACAUAUUGGCUAGUUAACUUCCUGUAUGACAUGCUCUUUUACUUGGUUUCCGUCUGCCUGUGUGUCGCCAUUAUAGCCGCCUUCCAGUUAACAGCUUUCACUUUCCGGGAGAACUUGGUGGCCACAGCCCUCCUGCUGGCACUUUUCGGAUACGCAAUGAUUCCAUGGAUGUAUCUGAUAUCCAGAAUCUUUCCCAGUUCUGACGUUGCCUUCAUCUCCUACAUCUCCUUGAACUUCAUCUUUGGUUUGUGCACCAUGCUGAUGACUGCUAUGCCCCGGCUUUUGGCCAUCAUUUCCAAAGCCCAGAAUUUGCAGAAUAUCUACAAUGUGCUCAAGUGGGUUUUUACUAUUUUUCCUCAAUUCUGCCUGGGUCAAGGGCUCAUAGAACUCUGUUAUAAUCAGAUCAAGUACGAUCUAACUCACAACUUUGGCAUUGAUUCUUAUGUAAGUCCCUUUGAGAUGAAUUUCUUGGGCUGGAUCUUCGUGGAGUUGACCUUGCAGGGCACAGUUCUUCUCCUCUUGAGGAUUCUGGUACAUGGAGACCUUCUACGAUGGCCAAGGGUCCACUCUGCCCCGCAGGACACGGUCAAGUCUGCUAAGGACACAGAUGUUGAAAAGGAGCAAACAAGGGUGCUUGAAGGAAGGACCGGAGGGGACAUUCUUGUGUUGUGCAACCUCAGUAAGAGCUACAGAAGUGUUUUCAGGCAGAAGACCACUGCCGUGCAUGACCUUAGUCUGGCCAUACCACGAGGCGAGUGCUUUGGGCUCCUCGGAGUGAAUGGCGCUGGGAAGAGCACAACAUUCAAAAUUCUGACCGGUGAAAUUCCACCAAGUUCAGGCUAUGCUGUCGUCAGAACUCCUCAGGGAGACAUGGUGGAUCUGACUUCUGCUGGCAAAGUGGGAAUUCUCUUUGGCUACUGUCCACAGCAGGAUGCCUUGGAUGAGCGCCUGACUGGCUGGGAGCAUCUCCAAUAUUACUGCUGCCUCCGUGGGAUUCCAAAACAGUACAUUCCAGAGGUGGCUGCAGACCUGGUAAGGCGCCUUCACCUCGAAUCUCAUGUGGACAAACCCGUGGCUACAUACAGUGGGGGCACCAGACGGAAGCUCUCCACUGCCCUGGCCCUGGUGGGGAAGCCUGACAUUCUCUUAUUGGAUGAACCCAGCUCUGGGAUGGACCCCUGCUCUAAGCGGUACCUGUGGCAAACCAUAACGCAGGAGGUUCGGGAUGGCUGUGCUGCGGUGCUGACCUCUCACAGCAUGGAAGAGUGCGAGGCGUUGUGUACCAGGCUAGCCAUCAUGGUGGACGGCAGCUUCCAGUGUCUCGGCCCCCCUCAGCACAUCAAGAACAGGUUCGGUGAUGGUUAUACAGUCAAAGUUUGGCUCCACAAGGAAGGAAGCCAAGCUAGUGCUGUUUCCGACUGCUUGAAGGUCCAUUUCCCAGGAAUCCAGUUUAAGGGACAGCACCUGAAUUUAUUGGAAUAUCAUGUACAGAAAAAUUGGGAGUGUUUGGCUGAUUUGUUCAAGGUUCUGGAGAACAACAAGAGCCUCCUGAAUAUCAAGCACUACUCCAUCAGCCAGAUCACUCUAGAACAGGUUUUUGUUAAUUUUGCCAGUGAGCAACUGUAA